AUGUCUCAUAAGAAUGGGCAUCGUCGAGAAACGGUGAUCGAGAUUCCAAAGCCGAUGAACUUCACCGGCGGGCUUGAGUUCUCCACCCUCACCUACACCGUUACCAAGAAGAAGAAGAUCGAUGGGAACUGGGUCAAGCAGGACGUGGAUUUGCUCCACAGGAUCACUGGCUACGCCCCAAAAGGGUGUGUCACGGCGGUGAUGGGCCCGAGCGGGGCGGGGAAGUCCACGUUCUUGGACGGCCUGGCAGGGAGGAUCGCGAGCGGGAGCCUCAAGGGCCGGGUCUCCUUGGAUGGCAUGGAGAUGAGUCCUAGCUUGAUCAAGAGGACCUCCGCUUACAUCAUGCAAGACGAUAGGUUGUUCCCGAUGCUCACCGUCUACGAGACACUCAUGUUCGCCGCUGACUUCCGGCUGGGGCAGAUCUCGACGGCAGACAAGAUCCAGAGAGUGGAGAAGUUGAUCGAGCAGCUCGGACUCUCGUCAUCCCGAAACACCUACAUAGGCGACGAGGGGACACGCGGGGUGUCCGGAGGAGAGCGCCGGAGGGUAUCAAUCGGUGUUGACAUCAUCCACGGGCCACCCCUUCUCUUUCUCGAUGAGCCAACCUCGGGCCUCGAUUCGACCAGCGCCCACAGCGUGAUUGAGAAGGUGCACGACAUAGCUCAGUCCGGCAGCACAGUGAUCCUCACCAUCCACCAGCCUUCGUCAAGAAUCCAACUCCUCCUUGACCAUCUCAUCAUCCUGGCCCGCGGCCAGCUCAUGUUCCAAGGAUCGCCGAAAGACGUGACCCUGCACCUGGGCCGCAUGGGCCGGAAAGUCCCGAAGGGCGAGAACUCUAUAGAGCACCUCAUCGACAUCAUCCAAGAGUAUGAUCAGUCCGAGUUCGGGGUCGAAGUUCUCGCCGAGUUCGUCCGGACGGGCAUGAAACCCCCGCCGCUGUCUGACGAGGAGAUGUCAUUCUCGACGAUUGUGCCCACCCCAUCUUCUCAUCACCGUGAUCACAGGCAUCAAGGGCAUGAUCAGAGCCAGGACCAAAGAAAUGGCCGGCGAUUACACUUGCAAGCGAGCAUGCACUCUGCGAACGAUGAGUUCGACCACAGCUUGAGAAGUCCUUACAAUAAUUCAUCUAGAUCAUGGACUCCAAGCCGCAGUGGAGUUAUGCAGGCACUUGGAUUGACUCCUUCAAGACAAAAGGCUGACCCAAAGAUGCAAGCUGCAAUGAGUGCAUCACCGGGAAGUUACUACGCAUACUCGAGUGAAAUUCUCCGUGAGACGCCGACGCCUCACAGCAGCGACUACACAGUGAACGAGAAUGACUACUUGACCCCCGACAUUGGCCCGAAUGCCCUCGGAUCUCACCAAAAUCUCGGCCCUAAGUUUGCAAAUUCGUUCUUCCCUGAGACCUGGAUGCUCAUGCGCCGCAAUUUUAAGAACAUCCAGCGGACCCCCGAGCUCUUCCUCUCGAGGCUGAUGGUGCUUACCAUCAUGGGGCUCAUGAUGGCGACGAUGUUCAUGAACCCGAAGGAAAACAACCAAGGGAUCACGGACCGGCUCAGCUUCUUCAUCUUCACUGUCUGCCUCUUCUUCUUCUCUUCCAAUGACGCUGUCCCGGCCUUCAUUCAAGAGCGCUUCAUCUUCGUCCGCGAGACCUCCCACAAUGCCUACCGUGCCUCUUCCUACACAAUCGCCGGCCUCAUAACUUACCUGCCUUUCCUCGCGGUUCAGGCUGCGGUCUAUGCUGGCAUCGUUUAUAAGGCCCUAAAGCUCCGCGGGUCGUUCUUGUACUUCUUGCUUGUCCUCUAUGUGUCGCUCCUCUCAACAAAUUCGUUCGUGGUGUUUGUCAGCUCGGUCGUGCCCAACUACAUACUCGGUUAUGCAGCCGUCAUUGCUUUCACUGCGCUGUUCUUCCUGUUUUGCGGGUACUUCGUGAAUAGCCACGACAUUCCGGGGUACUGGAAGUGGAUGAACAAGAUCUCAACAAUGACUUAUCCGUACGAGGGGCUAUUGAUGAACCAAUACCAGACGAAUGCGAUCUUUGGAAAUAGUGUCACCCCCGAAAAUAUCUCAUAUAACAUCACAGGGACUGAAAUUUUAUCGGGAUUUCAUAUUUCGACACAUGAAUCCGACAAGUGGAAGAACGUGCUGAUAAUGUUGGGUUGGGCGGUUCUAUAUAGGAUCUUGUUCUACCUAGUACUUCGCUUUGCCUCCAAAAACCAAAGGAAAUGA